AUGAAGCAACUUGGAAUAGUUGAAUCAUCGGUGAGUGAAUGGUGUAGUCCUGUUGUACUGGUACCAAAGAAAAAUGGACAAAUGCGUUUUUGUGUAGACUAUUCAAAAGUUAAUGCAAUAUCUGCUUUUAAUGCCUACCCCAUGCCAAAGGUAGAUGAAUUAGUGGAGCAGUUGGGUCCUGCUAAAUUUCUUACAACUAUUGAUUUAUGUAAAGGUUAUUGGCAGAUACCACUGACAGAAGAGUCCAAGCCACUUACUACAUUUCGAGCGCCCGGAGGCCUGUACCAGUUCACCGUAAUGCCAUUUGGUUUACAUGGGACAGCUGCCAAUUUCCAAUGUCUGAUGGACACAGGGCUGCAAGAUGCAGAAAGCUACGCUAGAGCAUAUAUUGACGAUGUAGUAGUGUUUAGUCAAUCAUGGGAAGACCACUUAAAGCACCUUGCUGAAGUUUUCGACCAUCUAAAAGAUGCUGGUUUGGUGCUAAACCCAGAAAAGACAGUUUUAUCGAAGGACGAGGUGCAAUAUCUGGGUUACACUAUAGGGGGAAGUAUUAUCCAUCCUCAGGUUGACAAUCAGGCCAGCAACAAAAAGGCAGGUCCAUUCCUUUCUGGGACUGCAUUAUUCACAGUAAUUCUCUUCACUGUUUCUGGGAACUGUUUGGUCAUCAUUGCUAUCGCUCAUUUCAAGCAGCUUCAUACACCAACAAACUUUCUGACGCUUUCUUUAGCAGUUGCUGACUUACUUCUUGGUGGACUGGUAAUGCCACCCAGUGCAAUUAGAACUGUUGAAAAAUGUUGGUAUUUUGGGGAUGUCUUCUGUAUAUUUCAUAGCAGUGUAGACCUCUUACUUUGCAUAACUUCUAUUUUGCAUCUUUUCUUCAUUUCUGUUGAUCGCUAUUAUGCAAUUUGCCAUCCUUUCAAGUAUAAGUCUAAAUUUACAGUGAUUUUCAUAAAAAAGAUGAUUUUCAUUUGCUGGUCUUUAGCGGCUAUUUAUGGAUUUGGGAUGACUUUUGCAGAAUUCAGUAUGAAACCUAAAGAGAGUAUAUAUGAUGGAAGCAAUUAUUGUGUAGGAAGCUGUAAUGGAAUUCAGAAUGAAGUUUCAAGUACAAUUUCUGCAAUAAUUUCCUUUUAUAUUCCUGGAUCUAUUAUGAUUGGAAUCUAUGUGAAAAUUUACAUGGUAGCAUCAAAGCAGGCCAAAUCUUUACGACAAACAAGUGAACACAGAAAUGAAGACUCAAGGAAAAGAGAAACAAAGGCUGCAAAAACACUGGCAAUCAUCGUUGGAAUUUUUCUUUCUUGUUGGUCACCUUGUUUUUUCUGCAUUAUUAUUAACCCAGCUAUUAAUUUUUCAAUCCCUUCGUUACUUUUGGAAUUUGUUUUCUGGUUUUCCUACACAAAUUCAACCUUUAAUCCUCUCAUCUAUGCAUUUUUUUAUAAAUGGUUUAGAAAAGCACUGAAAUUAAUUAUAUUAGGUAAAAUAUAUGCAAGCAAUUCUUGCUCAGUGCAGCUUUAUUCAGAGUAA